UUCCAGAGACGACGUUGGAUCAAGCGAAGAAAGUCUGUUGAGAUGCAACAGUGCAAACAGAGAAGAUUAUUUGAGCGACGAUAUGUCGACUGGCCCGGAAUUGAUGGUCAGACGACCAGUCUACCAGCAAGACGAACUUAAUCACUUGUGCAAAUACGUAAAACCCAAGAGAAUCCUUGCCAAUGAGAUGUCAAAACGAUACAAAAAUAUCAAACCAGGUGCACUUUUAAAAAAAACAAUACCUCUAAUUGACUGGCUUUCGUCGUAUGAUUGGAAAAAUAAUAUCUUAGGAGAUAUUGUUGCUGGAAUUACUGUAGCUGUUAUGCAUAUUCCACAAGGUAUGGCAUAUGCAAUAUUAGGUAACGUUCCGCCUAUUGUUGGUAUAUACAUGGCUUUUUUUCCAGUUUUGGUGUAUUUUUUUCUUGGAACAUCCCGACAUAAUUCUAUGGGUACGUUUGCGCUUGUCUGCAUGAUGACUGGCAAAGUCAUUACGACAUACAGUAGUAGUCCUGCAGUUUCGACAAAUAACACGUCAGCCGAGAACGGCACCUUAAUUUCCGACGUAAACCAUCAAUAUUCGCCAGUAGAAGUUGCAACCGUAGUUACGUUCACUGUUGCCGUUAUACAGUUAGGAAUGUACGUGCUGCGUUUGGGUAUAAUCUCUUCUCUCCUCGCGGACAGUCUCGUGAGCGGAUUCACGACUGCAGCGGCGAUGCACGUAUUUACAUCGCAAAUAAGAGAUCUCUUCGGACUGAGCGAUCUGCCACGGCGCUCGGGUGCAUUCAAACUUAUUUUCACUUAUAUAGAUAUUUUCAACAGUAUAAACAACAUCAAUAUAACGGCUGUGAUAUUAUCUUGCAUCACUAUCUUAAUUCUUAUCUUUAACAACGAAGUUCUUAAGCCAAGAGUCUCAAAGUUAUGCCCCUUUCCAUUUCCGAUAGAAAUGUUUGCAGUGGUAGUCGGUACUCUGAUAUCGAUGCAAAUGAAUCUUGCGGAUACUUAUAAUAUAGUAACAGUUGGCGAUAUACCAGUAGGAUUCCCGAUCCCAUCUGUGCCACCAUUGUCACUUAUACCCAACGUUUUAGUAGACAGUUUCGUGAUUACUAUGGUUGCUUAUACAAUAUCAAUGUCUAUGGCAUUGAUCUUCGCGCAAAAGGAAGGCUAUGAGGUCGACUCUAAUCAAGAAUUGAUUGCGCAGGGACUGGGAAAUCUUGUAGGCUCUUUUUUCUCCUGUAUGCCUAUUACGGCUUCGUUAUCCAGAUCAUUGAUUCAGCAAACUGUAGGUGGACAUACACAGCUAGCAAGUCUGAUAUCAUGUGGAAUUUUGGUGAGCGUUUUACUGUGGAUCGGACCAUUCUUUCAACCUUUGCCACGAUGUGUUUUAGCAAGUAUAAUCGUGGUGGCGUUAAAAGGGAUGCUGAUAAAGAUCAGUGAGUUUAUGAAAUUCUGGAAAUUGGACAAGAUGGACGCCGGCAUAUGGAUUGUUACCUUCAUCAUCGUGAUUCUUUUCGAUGUUGAGUAUGGAUUAUUGAUCGGCAUAUUGCUGUGUAUAGGAAGGUUACUUGUCCUCGCAAUGCGACCUUAUACGUGUAAGCUCGCUCUAGCACCAGGCACUGAGCUCUACUUGGAUACUAAGAGAUACAAAGGAACUGUAGAGAUUCCCGGCAUCAAAAUCUUUCACUAUUCCGGUAGCUUGAAUUUUGCAAAUAAACAAUACUUUCGUGAGGAAGUAUAUAAGGUUGCAGAACUAGUACCUCAAACAGAAUUAAAAAGGCGAUUGCAAGUUGCAUACAACAGCACUAUACCGCAGGACAUUAAAAAGCUACGUAUUCUUAUAUUGGACUUCACCGCAUUGUCACAUAUUGAUCUGGCAGGCGCGAUUGCAGUGCGAAACAUUGUUCAUGAAUAUUGUGGCGUAGAAGUAUCUGUUUAUAUAGCAGGUUGUUCCGGUCCAGUAUAUGAAACAAUGAGGAAGCUCAAUCUGGUCGAGCGUAACGAGAACCACUUUUUCGCCAUAUUCCCUACUGUUGCUGAUGCAGUACAUUUCGCGCGUUCUCACAGUGAAGUGUCGUCGACAUGGAACACUUGUAACCACGACGAGAACUACAUCAGCAGACUUUAAAAUCCGCGAAACGAAGUCACUUAUACGCGACACCAAAAAGCUUUCGGUCAAACGCUUCUAACGCCGCGAAUAUUUAUACACCUUAUCACGAUUAUUUA